UCUUGUCGUUUUAAAGCUUGCUCUUGAAUUAUCGAAUAUCAUGAAUUUAUUCUUGCUGAAUCUUUUAAUGUACUUUCAUUUGUUUUUAAUUAUUUUGUGCGAAUAUUUUGAUAGCAGGUGUACGGAAGAAUUCUGCGAGAAACAAAUAGAAAGCGGAAAGUGCAUCACAUCGAACGCAUAUUGUAGAAAAAAUCUAAAUAGCGUACGUUUUCUGCACCCAGAUACUUGUAAUUGCUGUGAAUAUUGCUUAAAAAAGCUCGAAAAAGAUGACGUAUGUGUUUUAGGACAACCUGGUGCCGUAUCUCCGUUAGAAAUAUGCGGUCCAGGUUUGCAAUGUAUAAGUAAUCAAGCGGGGAAUAACGCCACAUGUGGAAGAAUAAGAAAUACUGAUUGUACAAAAGCUCAAAAUAAUUAUGACGAGCGCUUAAAUGCAGGAGACGUAGGAAUGACGGAAGUUCGGCCUCAAUGUGACGACGAUGGCUUUUUUAAACCUUAUCAAUGUAUUCCUGGUUCUAUAUGCUACUGCCGUGCUCCUACAGGAGAAAGAUUAUUUGGAGAAAUGCCAUAUUUGGAUUAUGAAGAUGAGGAAAAAAUGAGUUGUGGUUGUUCAACGAACGCAUGGAAAGCACAAAAUACAUUGGAUACUCGUCAUCAAAUAAUCGUGUCCCGCUGCACAGAAAUUGGUAGUUUUGAUAAUUUACAGUGCGUGAUAGGUGAAAAUGCGGCCUGUCUUUGUGUGGACCCUAAAACAGGUUCACCGAUGGCGGAUACCGAUAUAGUUUUGGAAAAGGAAAUUAGAGAAAAUCAUCCAAUGUGCUUUGAUCCAUCAAAACACACGCCUGGAAAAUAUAGUACCGAUUGUGAAACCAAUUAUAACUUUUAUGCAAUGAGCGUCGAAGCAAACGAAAAUCAAACUACUGAAAUGAAGGAACCAUUCUGUCAACCAGAUGGAAAAUUUUUGAGAAUUCAAUUAGCAGGUUCUAAAAAAAUCUGCGUCGAUCCAGAUGGUAAACAAAUUGACGAUUACGAAGCGGAAAUCGAUGAACCCGAAGAGAAAAAUAUGGAUUGCAAUUGUGCAAGAGCUCGUCAGCUAUUGGCAAAUGCUGGAGUAGUCGAAUUGCCAGAUUGCUGUCCUAACGGGAAUUUUCAAGCUUGGCAGUGUCGCAGAAACGAUUGCUUUUGUGUCGAUAACAACGGAAAUCAACAAGGCAUGGAAGUGAAUAUCGAGAAACUACAAAAGCUAAAGUGUUACAAUGAAGGAAAGCCUUGUCAUAAAAUUACUGCAACGGGCUAGCUAUCAUUUUAAAUAUUACCUAUCGCAAAAAAAUUUGUACAUGUUUCUAUUUACAUAUAAGUUAUUAUUUACAUAGAACGCUAUGACUCUUAUAUCUGCAUAGUUAUCUUUCCAUUUAGAAAAUACGGUAAAGCGUUAGAAGUAGUAUUAUUGGUAAAAUCACUGUUAAGGAGGUAAUACUGGCGGUACCUCCGAGAUACCAAUGGGCGAACAAAGCUGUAAAUGAAUAUGGAAGAUCUAA